UCGAGUGAAGUUUUUACAGCUUGAAAACUCUACACUGUGAUCAUUUCAAGUUAUUACCUGCUCCAAAUUAUAACUUAGAAGUUUUUAGGCACAGUUUCAACUGGCUAAGCCUUCUCUUCUAUAAUGCAACUAUUCUGUGGCUUUGGUAAAUGCAGAUUGUCAAUGUCUCUUAUCGCAAGUAAAAAAUAGCGAACAAAAUUGUCGACCGUGUGCCCUUUGAAACCCCCCAAAAAUCUUAAAAAUGAGCUCCUUAAACGAAAAUGACGAUGCGAAUUCCCAAAACAAUUCAUAUGGCUCAGCAGGCGGUGGAUUAACCGGACAGUUUAAGCCGUUUGCCUCGCCAUACUUAAACUUCGAUCCUGGCUACAUUCCUCAAGCUCAGCCUGAGUUUAUAUUUCUGGAUGGUGGCAGCAAGCAAAGGGGCCGAUUUGAGCUGGCCUUCGGACAAAUUGGAGGCUCGUGCAUGAUUGGGGCUGGAUUAGGAGGGGUUUCUGGAUUCUACAAUGGUCUUAAAGCUGCUACUUUGGCCGGGCAAACUGGAAAAUUGAGGAGAACACAAUUAUUAAAUCACGUUAUGAAGAAUGGGAGUGCGACAGCAAACACAUUUGGAUCAGUAGCGGUCAUUUACUCAGCUUUUGGGGUGUUUUUAUCAUGGGCAAGGGGUACAGACGAUGAUCUAAAUACUAUCACAGCUGCAACAGCAACUGGCCUACUAUACAAAAGCACAGCUGGACUGAAAAGAUGUGGAAUGGGUGGCGCAAUCGGACUAGGAGCCUCAGUACUUUACGCCCUUUGGAACAACAAAGACAGAUUAUCAGAUCUGGGACAUUACAAUCCAGCGUAAGAAAACAAUUUUAAUUGUGGUUUUAACAUGUUUUAGACGACUAAAAUAAAUUUUAUACUCUACUGUAAAUAAGUAUGCCUGAAAAGCAUAAUUACACUAUUUAAAAUGUGAAGGCAAGGGUAGGUUGCAGAAAGCAAAGUGUUACUGUCUUGCUUAUGCAGCCUCAGAGAUGUUAAGAGUUGUGGGAUUUUGUCAGACUUUGUUAUUUGGCAACCAAACUCAGAUAAUUUGCCCCUGUGCUGUGAUCUGUUAAAUAGAUACUAAUUCAAGA